GACGGAAAAGUGAUUGCAUAUGCAUCAAGGCAAUUGAAGCAACAUGAACUGAACUACCCGAUGCAUGAUCUAGAACUUGCUACGAAAGUCAGUGGGACGACUGGCGUCAUUACCUACUACUCAGUUGGAGUUGAUCAAGGACUUAGAAAUUUACGAAUCGAAAUGGUUGCCACACCAGAGCAAGUCACCACCCAUUUAGCAACUUUGGUGGUUCGACCUACUCUUAGAGAUCGGAUCAUUGAGGCACAAGUUAAGGACCCAUUCUUGCAAAAGAUCAAGAACGAGAUUGGUACUGAUAAGAGAAAGGACUUUAGAAUAGCUUCGGAUAGGGCUCUAAUGUUUAAAGGAAUGAUUUGUGUACCUAAGGAUGAAGUUUUGAGGAAGGAGAUAUUGGAGGAGGCUCAUAUCACUCUAUACACUGCACAUCCUGGCGAACAUCAAAGACCGAUAGGGUUGUUAAAUCCAUUGGACAUACUAGAAUGGAAGUGGGAGAAUAUCGCAAUGGACUUUGUGGUAGGAUUUUCGAGAUUAGCAGGAGG